CAUUCCAGUCCCCCAUUUCCUUUGUCAAGAUGUUCAUCCAGAUCCUCCUGGCCUGUGCGACGUGCGCCUGCGCCGCGUCCGCCCAGACGUACGAGGCCCUGGGCGUGCUUCAGCCGGAGAAGCCGAGGGACUUGGGGAAAUACGAGGGCGUGGUGGCGGCGACCAUCGACAUCCUGCCCGAGGUUGCCAAGACCCUGAAGGAGCUGGCCAGCAGGAUGGCUCGCUCUCAGGCCGACCCCUUCGACUCGCAGAACAUGUUCGAGAUCCUGAUGGCGUUCAUGCCCGUGACCCGCAGGAUCCUGUUCGCCGUGGCGGAGGCCGAGGGGCGGAGCGUGUCCGAGGAGGAGCUGCAGAGGCUGGACCGCGCCGAGAAGGUCCUUCCCUCCGCCUUCAGCUUCAUGCUGAAGCUGCACGGGAGCGACUUGUUCGGCUUCGAGGACUCCGCCGCCGAGAGGACCCCGACGGAGGACGCCGCCGAGGAGGCCCCGGCUGCGGGCGCGGACGCCGACACCAACGUCAGCGGGUCCUUCGUCCAGAUGCCCCAUAGACACGGGGUGUUCAUCAACCACGGGUAGACGCAGACGAAGAUGCGAGGGAGAAGACGCAAGCAGGUCAGGAAGACCACAUCCACGAUGCAGUGGGAAAUGUAGAAGCUUGGAAUUAGUAGCGUCUCAAAGAAAAAAGAAAGGAAAAAAAA